AACGGUAAAACAGAAUCCCUAAACACCGUCAAAUCCCAGUAGGGGGCAAACGCAAGAAGCUGUUUCACCUUUCACGGCUCUUGCUUCGUCAUCUCUCACUCGUACUCUUCCUGCUUUCUAAAUUCUGAUGCAAUUCUCCCAACAUUUCCAAACACAUUCAAUCUUCCUGUCACCAUUUUCUCUCUCCUCCAUUUUCGCUCUGUAAUUUUCAGGAAUUGAUGGGGUGCCACGCCAUUGGAACUGUGUGGUAUUGCCCAGAUGAGCCACUGCUGUAUCUUUCCCGGAGUAAAGUUAAAUCAAAUUUGAACAACGCUCGCCGUGUUCGCUGUAAUGUAGCAUCAAAAACUGCAGGAACUCGUUUUCACAAUUUAACUCAUGUUCAUCAAAUUACGAGUGGGAAAUAUUCUCCCUUACACAGCUUGUGGCGAGCUUAUGCUACACCAGUUGGCCUGGAAGAGCAGUCCUCAUCAGGGUCUUCAGAGAUCCAGGACGAUGAAACUGUUUCUGCAGAUCCUGCAGAAGAGAGACUUGCUAAGCCACCUAGUAGUAAUGAGUUGAAGUCGUUGCUUGCAGAUUCCGAGAGAUCAAAACUGGUGAAAAAGUUGAGUGAAGCCAAUCAACACAACCGCUUUCUGAUACGGCAGCUGCAAGGAAGAGAAGAUGCUUUGGUUAAUUUCAAGAGUGAACUUGCUGUUCUGGAACAAGAAAUUCAGGCACUUGUUGCACUGGCAGAUGAAAUAGCAAAAGCUGGUAUUCCAGAAGGUUCAAGGAAGAUCAAUGGAAAAUACGUCCACUCUCAUCUAGCUUCCCGGUUAGAAGCUGUGCAGAAAAAGUUACAGGACCAGAUAAAGGAUGUGGCUGCUGCACAGUCCAAGGAGGUGCCAGUAUUUUGGAUUGGUAUGGCUGAGAGUGUGCUAAUCAUGGGUAGUUUUGAUGGAUGGAGUCAAGGAAAGAACCUAUCCCCAGAGUACACAGGCUCAUAUACAAUGUUUUCCACGACUCUAUUGCUCCGACCUGGACGGUAUGAGGUUAAGUUCUUAGUUGAUGGGGCGUGGAAAUUAUCACCAGAGUUACCAACUAUUGGCGAAGGGUUAAACCAAAACAAUAUGUUAGUUGUAGAGUAAUUUCUUCCGGUUAAGUUUUUAAUAGUCAUCCCCUGAAGGAUAUUUUUCAAACUAAGUAGUGUAGUUACAUUUAAAAUUAAAUCUCGCAAUUGGUCUUACAACUUCAUGUUCUGAUACUCAUCUAAAAUGUAAUAAGGUUUUAACUGAUCUAAGAUUAAAAUAAAAGAAUAUUGUGUUUACAGAGGUGUGAA